AAGUUAGCAGAAUUUCUUCGUGUGAGGCCGCCUAUUUUCUCUAGUACCACUAAUCCUGUUGAAGCUGGCGAUUGGCUGCAUGCCAUAGAGAAGAAGUUGGAUUUGCUUCAGUGCACUGAUCAGGAGAAGGUCUCAUUUGCAUCACAUCAGUUGCAUGGCCCAGCCUCUGAAUGGUGGGAUCACUUCCGCCUUAACAGGACUACUGCUGAACCUAUCACUUGGCUUGAAUUCACCGCUGCUUUCCGGAAGACGCAUAUACCAUCGGGAGUGGUGUCUCUCAAGAAGAAGGAAUUCAGAUCGCUCACCCAGGGAUCUCGCUCUGUUACGGAGUAUUUGCACGAGUUCAAUCGUUUGGCUCGUUAUGCUCCGGAAGAUGUGCGCAAUGAUGAAGAGCGUCAGGAGAAGUUCUUGGAAGGACUUAAUGAUGAGCUUUCUUACCCACUCAUGACUGGGGAUUAUCAUGAUUUCCAGAAGUUAGUGGAUAAGGCUAUUCGUCUGGAAGACAAGUACAACCGCAUGGAGCAGAAGAAACGCCGGAUUGCUCAAUUCAAGACACAACAGGGGAAUAAUCAGAAGCCGCGUCUUACUUUAGGACCCCAGACCAUGCCACAUGGAGGUUCUUCAUCUGUUGUUCGUCCGCAGCGUCAGUUCUUCAACAACAAUGCUGGCAAUAACAUCCGUAAUCAAGCUCCACGCCCUGUUGGACAGUCGCAACAGUUGAAUAUCGGUGGUGAGAUCAAAACAGAGACUAAUGAAAGCAAUGAAGUUAACAUCGAGCAAGCUAAUCAGCUGGUGCCAGUUCAGCAGGAUCAGUCUCAAGAGAAUAACAGUAGUGGACGGGAGCAGCAGAUGAUUGCUAACCAUGUCUACCACGCGGACAAGAUUGCUAACAACAUUGUCGUCACAGGAGCCAAUGCAGUGCCAGUUGCGUCUUCAAGAGUUGUGUCUUCAAGUGUUACAACUCAGCCACCAGUUUCAAAGCAGCAGUAG